CGUAAACAAAUGAUUACAUUGACAUUAUAAGUAAAUGUAUUAAUUGUGGGAUGGAUUAUGUGUUUUUAAUUAAAAAAAACGUAUUCAAUUCUAAACCUAAGGGAUAAAAUGGAUAUUAGUAAUGAAAAACCAAAUGUGAGCAGUGACCAAAAUGAUAUAAAAAUAGUCGCUCGUGGACGCGGCAAAGUGUUACUCUACAACGGCCACCAAUAUUAUUUCCACGUGCGGUAUAAAAACAACAAUUGUUUGUGGAGAUGUAAAAAUUACAAAACCUUUAACUGUACUGGAUCCGUUACGAUUACCCAGGAUCAGUCAAAGUUGGUACAACAAAGGCAGCAUUCAGAGAACUGUUUACCAGACGAAAAUGAAAACAUUAUGUGUAUUAUCACAAGCUCAAGCUUAGACAGAGCAGCAUCAAAUGUCGAAGAGACAGUACCUGCGGUUUACAGAACUACCAUAGCAUCAAUGAAAGAUACAGGACUACACUUGAUUAAGAAAUUACCCACGUAUAACAAAUACAAAUGCAAAGCAUACAGAAGAAGAAGGAAAUUGGCAGGAGUUGAGAAGAUGGCAUACAAUGACAUGAAAGAAGUUGAAGUGCCUCCAGAUGACUUCCUUCUUGCUGAUUACCGUGAUGGCAACGAUCGUAUCCUGAUUUUUGCUCUAAAAGAAGCGAGGGAAAUUGUGCUUAACGGAAAAGUGUUCUUAUGUGACGGGACCUUCAAGAAUUGCUUGAAACCGUUCUAUCAGCUUUAUAUAAUUCCUGCGCCCGUGCCUAUGUACGUCAAAGUAAAAGACGCUAAACUAAAAGACGUGAGAAACCUACUCAACACACAUUAUGUUGAACAAUGGGAAGCACGAUCAGAAUUAAAAUAUUUCAAAGAAGUUUUUGAUAGGCCAGCAGAGUUACAAAACGCAAUGGAAGAGGAAAUUUGCGAGGUGCUAGAGGAAGCACCUCAUUUAAUGAUAUAA